AUGGAGCCCCAUGCAGAUACCGACCGUGAGUUGGAGGAGUUGGAAAAUAUGGUUACCUACGUGAAGAACAUUGGAGCAAGCCAAUGGCCUGCUAUGUUGAAUAGAUUAGACGGCGCCAGUAAGGCGUUUAUUAGAGAAUGUGUCUCCGACAUGGUGACCGACCAAUAUACUGGUGACCACACCAAUGUGGUCGAUGAAGGAGACUCGGAUGGAGGUUGCUUUGAACAGCAAGAGGCCAUCAAGGUCCACUUGAAGGAAACUAUACCAGACAAGAUUAGAGAACAAGGAGCCAACUCCGACAUGGAGAAGGCAUUACUUUACGCAGCAGAAAAUGACUUAUUCAGAGUAAGAUUUAUGACAGACGGUACAUACAGAAUUAUCUACUCACAAACCGGAGGCAAAUUUUCCAAUAUGUUUCCAAAUUUAGACACAAAUGCCCCCCUAGUAAAGAAAAUAGAGAUAUCGUACCACCGGAACAAAGGAGGUAACGACUGA